AUGCCGUAUCCCUAUGUUGGGCUGCCUCCUGCCUCAUUGCUGAGGACAGCUCAGCAUGUGCUGGGGCCAGGGGACAGGUACUCAACAAUGGAAGAUUCAAGGGAGCUGCAACCCACGGAGGUGAAGGCUGGGCCUACCGGCCAUCUGCCCCUGCCCUUAGGUGUGGGCUUUGCUACCAGACAGGUGGCUAGCAUGACCAAGCCCACCACAAUCAUCGAGAAGAACGGCGAUACUAUAGUCAUAAAGACACACAGCACCUUCAAGAACACAGAGAUCAGCUUCCAGCUGGGAGUGCAGUUCGAUGAGGUAACAGCAGACGACAGGAAAGUCAAGUCGAUCGUGACACUGGAUGGAGGCAAACUUGUCCAUGUGCAGAAGUGGGACGGGCAGGAGACUACGCUUACAAGGGAGCUAUGUGAUGGGAAACUCAUCCUGACACUUACCCAUGGCAAUGUGGUGAGCACCCGAACUUAUGAGAAGGAGGCGUGA